AUGUGCAGGGUGUCGACGUGGCGCAGCUCGGAGCGGGCGGCGCUGGAGCGGCGGCUGUCGGAGGAGAGGCGCGCCCGCGUCAGCGUCGAGCAGCAGCUGCUGCGCGCCAAGCAGGCGGCGGCGGCGGCGCGCGCGCCCAGCGGCGAGUGCGAGAGCGAGUGGUGUAAGACGCGGCGUGCCACGCAGGAGAGCGAGGGCGCCUCGCUGCGCCACGAGCUGCAACAAGCGUGCGCCAAGGUGGCACAGUUGCAGCGGGAUCUGCAACAGGCCACCGACCAGGUGCGGGCGCUGGAGGCGAGGCAAGAGGGCAACGGCUCGCCGACGCUGCGGCUGGCGGAAGCAUGGCAGGCGUUGCAGGAGCGCGCCACCCACCUGGAGCACUCGCUGUCGUCGGAGACGCGCGUCAAACUGGAUCUGCUGUCGGCCCUCGGCGACGCGAAACGCCAGCUUCAUAUACAGGAGAGCGUUAUAUCGAGGCAGGAAAAGGAGCUGGAGGAACUGAAGGCGCAGAUGCUGGCGGUGAUGCCCGCAGAGUUCGUGACGCCCAUCAGCAACUCGAGGUCCAAGCUGCGGCUCUCCGACGGCUCCCCGCUCGACCCCAACGCCUCCGUCUACACGCCGAAGCAGCUCAUGUCCGACGCC